ACUUACUGAAAGCAAAAACGAUAUUCACCAGACCUGAAUUUUGACAUAUUUUAAUAAUAUUUUAUUAUAAAUAUAAAUUGUUGAUUAAUUGAUUGACCAGGUUUCAAUACACCUUUAAUUUUAACAAAAAAUAAUAGUUUGUGUCCAAAUCAAAUGGAGGAACUCGCUAUGAAUCAUAUGGUGCGGCCCCAGGGCUUCAGUUUGGAGGAACUGCGUCAGACUCUGGGUCACUCCGUCAUUCGGGGACAAUGCUAUUUCAUCUAUGGCACCACCAAUAUUCUGGAGGUAAUUACUGGGUUCAAUGAACUGCUCAACCGGGAGGAGAUUGAGUUUGGAGCGGAGCACCUUGCUCCGGUUUAUGUGACCGGGAUGAUGGUGUAUCUACUGCAUCACGAGGAUCUGGCGGCCACCCAGGUGAAGAGAACCCUCUUCCUGCAGCGAUGCUUCGAUUAUAUGGCCUGCACCGAGGAAACCCAUAUCCACCAGGUAUGCGUUUAUAUGCUGAGCCUAUUGAAUGCCAACAAUUCGAGCGUAAUGCUCAAUCUGAUCCACUGCUGUCGCGUGGCCAGUCCCCUGAGCACGAUGGCCCGCGUGGUGGGCAACUGCCUGCUCUGGGCCAUGUUGGAUCACCUCUCGGACUUGGGCCUGGACUCGCACCGCUUGCGUCCGGCUGGGACUCUUCUACUCGUCGUCGCAGUGGUGAAUCCCCGCACCUACGUGCAGUCCUAUCUGCAUGCCCUGCAUCUGGUGGUCCGCCUGAUAUCCAGUCUCCUGCUGGUUGGACCCCUCGGUGGACAUGGCCAGCAGCUUUGCCAGGAGGCCGGGGUGCCAGGAGACCUGAUGAAACUGGCCAAGGAGGACUCUUCGAUUCUGGUACGCUGGCUAAUCGUUAUCGUUGAGGAAUUGCGUCCCCAAAUGGUGGAUAACGAUGAUUUGGGGCACCUGCAUGAGCGUCUGGUGCUGUUGGAGGCCAUAUGUGAGCUUAUGCAACUCCUGCAUGGCCAUUUGGUCAAGUGCCACCAAGAAAAACAAGAUCUGACCCUAAAUUAGCACGAAGGAUGGCAGAAAAAAUACAAAUACAACAACAAUGUCAUUUCAUUCGAUGGUCAGCAUGACAUUUUUAUAAGCA